GACACUCCAUAUCAGCCUUACUCUGUUGGGUAUGCUCUGCUCUCAAGCCUUGGGACUGAUCUGUAACAAGUGUAUUCCCAACACCGCGGGACUGUGCACAGAGACCAAUGUCUCCUGUCCCGACGGAGUGUGUGGCUGGUUGACCUCAGGUGCAUACGCAGGUAGAGUGAAAUUGCAUACCUCAACCCAUAGGAGCUGCAUACCGAUUGACCACUGCCUCAAUGCCUCUGUGAAUUUUGGGAUGUUCAAGACAGUCUUUAACAACAACUGCUGUUCUACCGAUAACUGCAAUACAAAUUUGCCUCCAGUUUCAGCGGUGACAUUCAACACUCCAAAUGGAAAAAGAUGCUUCACCUGCAAGGAGGACUGCUAUGAGCCACUGGCUUGCGUUGGAGAUGAGGAUCACUGUAUUGAAGGAAGUUUUAUUGUGAGUGGCCAGAGAAUCCCUGUAAAGGGCUGUGCCACCAGCACCGUGUGCCAGGGGAAGGUGGCGGACCAGCUACAAGACCAGGCGUUGGGGCUGAAAUGCUGCCAGGGGGACCUGUGCAACGGUGCCUGGAGAACAUCAGGGUGGACUCUGGCGCCCCUGCUGGGCCUCUUCCUCCUCCACCACCUCCUCCACCACCUCCUCCUCCUCCACUGAGUGGCCUCUCUCUGGGCCUCUUCCUCCUCCACCACCUCCUCCUCCUCCACUGAGUGGCCUCUCUCUGGGCCUCUUCCUCCUCCACCACCUCCUCCUCCUCCACUGAGUGGCCUUUCUCUGGGCCUCCAUGUUCUGCUCAUGCCUGGUGGCGUUCAGGCCAGAUUCAUCAAAGCUACCACAAAUGCCUUCAUCUCUGGAUGGGUGCU